CUCCCCGUCCCCGCCAUGACGGAGCCUCCCCCACGGCCGUUCCCGCCUCCGGCCGCCAUUUUGUGGGCUGCGCCCGCCGCCCCCUGCCCGCUCCCCUCAGGGCCGGCCGCCGUCAUGUCGGGCGGGCUCCGCGGCUGGCGAGCGGCGGCCGGCCCCUUGCUGCAAGCCUCCGGGGCCCCUCCUGGAGCCAGGCGGCGGCGCCUGCUGCUGUCCGAGCUCUUCCAGCCCUUGAACCUGCAGGGCGAGGGGAGCGAGGCGGGGUGGGAGGCGGGCAGCCGCAGCCACAGGCUGAUGGUGCAAGGGGGGCUCAUCCACCCCGGCAGCACCGGCUGCUACUGCUACCUCCCGCCCGCCGUCCGCGCCAUGGACAAGCUCGUCCGCCUCAUCGAUCAGGCGAUGGAGGCGGUGGGAGGGCAGAAGGUGAACAUGCCCUGCCUGAGCUCGGCGGAGCUGUGGCGAGCCAGCGGGCGCUGGGAGAACAUGGGGCCGGAGCUGUUCCGCCUGGCUGACAGGCACGGCAAGGAGUAUUGCCUGGGGCCCACGCACGAAGAGGCGGUCACGGAGCUGGUGGCGGCGCAGAGCGGGCUGUCCUACAAGCAAUUGCCGCUGCGCCUCUACCAAGUGACAAGGAAGUUUCGGGACGAGCCCAAGCCCCGCUUCGGCUUGCUGCGCAGCCGGGAGUUCUACAUGAAGGACAUGUACACCUUCGACACCUCAGAGGAGGCGGCUCAGCGCACCUACGAGCUGCUGUGCGGUGCCUACCGCAGCCUCUUCGAGCGCCUGGGCUUGCCCUGCGUGCAGGUGCGGGCGGCCACAGGCAGCAUCGGGGGCACCACGUCCCACGAGUUCCAGCUGCCAGCGGACAUCGGCGAGGACCGGCUGGUGCUGUGCCCACACGGACACUUCGCGGCCAACGUGGAGAUGGUCAGCGGGGAGCAGGCUGCAUGCCCCACGUGUGGGGAAAAACUCACCCAGACGAGAGGGAUCGAAGUGGGGCACACGUUUUAUCUGGGUACCAAGUACUCGGCUGUCUACAACGCCAUCUACUAUUCCCCCGACAACAAGCCCCACCUGGCAGAAAUGGGGUGCUACGGGCUGGGUGUCACGCGCAUCCUGGCAGCCUCCAUCGAGGUGCUGUCGACAGAGGACAGCAUCCGUUGGCCGAGCCUCAUCGCGCCCUACCAGGUGUGCUUCAUCCCCCCCAAGAAAGGCAGCAAGGAGGAGCAGGGAGCCGCGCUGCUGGAGGGCAUCUACGACGACUUCGUUGAGGCCCAUCCGCACCUCGCGGGUGACGCAGUGCUGGAUGACAGGACGCAGAUGACAAUUGGCAAAAGGCUGAAAGAUGCCAAAAAGCUGGGGUACCCCUACGUGGUCAUAGCUGGGAAGAGGGCUUGCGAGGACCCUCCGGUCUUUGAGGUUUGGGAUCAAAACUCUGGUGAGGUUUUGUACCUCACCAAGGAAGGUGUCAUUGAGUUACUGAGUAAAGUGCAAGUCCCUUAAAAUCCCCGUCUGCUAAUCUCUCAUUUUUGCUGCACUGAGUAGGGCCUGAGCAGUUCCUUCUUAAGGAGUUGCUGCCUGUUAGUGAUGGCUCUGGGUGAGCAGAGCCAUAUCCAGUUCACAUCUGAGCCACCCACAGCACCUUGCAGCAGCACCAGGAGAUGGGGUGAGCUGGGUCAGCCCACACAAGCCCCACUAGACGCUGCAACAUGGGGAUAUGAGGGGCCUUUCCUUCACCCUUUUCAGGUACUGAAUUCUUUAGAUGAAGGGUUUUCAGAGAGAGAGAAAGGAAAGUGCCUUUCCCUGGCUUGCAUGUUGUCUUUGGAGACACCCAAGUUCUGUGAAUGUGGAGUUUAAUUUGCACAUAAAAUUAAAGCAAAAGGGUGAGCUGGA